AUGGCAUCGAGUGCGCAAAUUAAUAUUGGUGUGUCAGCGCGAGGCAGGAAGUCGAAAAAACAGAUUAACCUUUCUGGGGUGGAAUUCGAUACGAAACCGGACAAGGACAAAACUGCGGCAAGAAAAGUGUCGAAUGGCAUCAAGCCAUCGACAGAAAAAGAACCUCAGAGCACAACUUCUAAGUCUGCACCUGAAGCGCCGCAAAAUGAUCUCGUAGUAGCGACAUCCACAGCAUCAUCAUGGGCACCACCUGAAAUUCCAUCUGCCAGUAGUCUUAUCUCCGCUCUCCGCAUGGUAACUGGAAAAAUCGUCGGCUGCAACAACUUUGGUCUUUUACUGCGUCUCGUUAGUCUCCUCCACACGUGGUCUUAUCGAGGGUCUUUUGAGUUAUUGGUGGCCAAAGGUGUGGACUUCAUAUUCCCGCAGGACAAAGCAGGGAACCCGAUCAACGACGUUAUGCUUUGUGCAGUAGGCCACGCAAAGUCAGUGCUGAGUACAGUCAUUGAUGGAGCAGCUGAGCGCAAGCAAAUUCGAGAUCAAGCGUUACAGCGGCAUGCUAAAGUACAAGCGGAGAACGAGAAGCGCAAGGCCGCUGCCACCCUUCUGAAGGAGCGGAGAGAACAGCUCAAGCUCGUUGAAAGCUACAGCAAAGCUUUAGAUAAGGAACGGUUUACGUCCAUGUGCGUUGAAAAUGGCAACGCUUUGCAAGAGCAACAAAGCUCGGCCUCAGCUGCUGCUGCGCUCAGUGCUACGUGUCAAGGCGAAAGCUCCAUAGAUCUUGGUGGGCGCGAAUUCUGGGUAACACAAGAAAAGCUAGGAGCGGAAGAGCUAGCAUAUUACUCUGGCGACAAGCAAGCGCUUCACCUCUUGAUGCUGCGACAACACUUUUG